UUUCCGGGAUGUUUGGUGAUGUGGCUAUGCACAGAAAUUCAGCAGAGGAUAUUCUUCAAAUAGAUAGCAGAAACCGGUAUCUGAGAAGCACUCAUACAGUUUCGGCUACAUGCUCAGCCGGCUGUCCCAGGGCUUUACCAACGUCCUGCAGGAGCUGUCUGGGGACGAGCCCCCCGAUGGAGCUUCUCAGGAUAUGUUGGUUCCCCAACUCCCCCCUGGAGAUGCCCCCGGGGCCCCUGAGGAGUCUGGGCCUGGGGUGGAGGAGGAGCCCCUGGAGAGGCUGGCCCAUCUGGAGCAGCUGACAGUGCAUCUCAAGGAGGUGGUCAGAGAUAAGGACAGCCAGCUGGCCACCUUCGAAACGCAGCUCAAGAGCGAAAGGGAGACAGCGGAGGCACGCUUCACUAAACUGAAGCUGCAGGCCAAAACCAAGAUGGCUGCUCUGAACAAACAAAUUGCUGACUUCAAAGGGCAGGAGGGAGCAGCAAGCUCUCCAGACAGCUCCUUCACCGGCUCAGCUCCUGCUGUGGAGGAGGAACUCCAGGAGCUGAGGAAGCAGCUCAGUGAGGUCUCGACCUCGAUGAAGAACCUCGAGGAGCGUCUCCAGAUGUCCGAACAGGCCCUGUGUGAAAAGGAAGCCGUACACACGGAGCAGGUUCGUGUGCUUCAGGCAGUUGUCUGUGAAAAGGACGUGCGUUUCCAGGAGCAGAUCCAGAAGCAUGAGGACGAGCUGCUGAGGGUCACAGUGCAGAGGCAGACUGACGCCGAGCUGCAGCAAGUACAGCAGACUCUACGUACAUCCCAGCGGCGUUGUGAGGAGCAGGAGGAAGCCAUGCGGUCACACUGCCAGGUGCUGGAGAUGCUGCAGGGGGAGCUGAACAAUGCCGACCAGCAGAAACAGAUCCUCACGGCUCAGUUCCGCCAGAGGGAGCAGGAGCUGGCUGAGGCUGGCAGGCAGAGGGAGCAGGAGCUGGCUGAGGCUGGCAGGCAGAGGGAGCAGGAGCUGGCUGAGGCUGGCAGGCAGAGGGAGGAGGAGCUGGCUGAGGUUGGCAGGCAGAGGGAGGAGGAGAGACAGCAGUGGGCUGGGUGGUCCAGCCAGGCCCAGGCAGAGCUGGAGGCCCUCCGAGCCAACCUGGAGGCCUCCGAGAGGGACAGAGCAGCCCAGCUAGCCAACCUGGAGGCCUCAGAGCACGACAGAGCUGCUCAGCUAGCCAACCUGGAGGCCUCAGAGCAAGACAGGUCAACCCAAAUGGAGGAGCUGACAGUGAAACUGGAGUGGGCCACUAGAGAGCGGGAGGAAGUGACCAACAGAGAACUAGUCAGGUUGGAGAAGGAGCUUGCUGCCUUAAGAGAGGAGCAUGGAGAGGGACAAAGGGCAGGAGAGGCCCUGGCUGAGUUGUUGACAGGCCUGCGCUCUCUGGCUGGUGAGGGGGCCGAGGAGGACAGCCCUAUUUCCACCGACCCGGCCCUGUGCCUGGGUACACUGCAGGCCCUGGAGGCCCGGCUGGAGAGGCUGAGGGUGAAGCAGAGGGAGAGCGAGGAACGCUGCGCCCAGGUCACCCACACCAUGGAGACAUUGCAAGAACAACUGGAUAAGCGCACUGCAGAAGGCGAAGAGGCAGUUGCUAAGAUACAACAGCUGGAGCAGCAAAUUGGAAUGGCUGCUAGGGAGUCAUUGGUCCAGUGUGUGACUGACCCGUCUGUGGAAGAAGUGACUGAUGCUGAAAAAGCCCAAAUAUUGGCUCUGGAGCGGCAGCUAUUGGAGAAAGACCAUGAGUUGGCUGCCCUGAGAGAGAGUCUUGUGCUGGCUGAAGAGCAGGGCUCAAAUGAUGCUUUCAAGGUAAGCUCUGAUCAGAUUCUAGACCAGAGUGAGGACACUGCCAUGGCGCCCUGCGACAGUCCUACAAUGCUGCCAGACCUCCUAGAAGACACGCGAGAGGAGGACACCAGCCUGGUGGCAGAGGAUAGGUCAAUCCUGUCAGUCUCCGCUGAUAACGAGAGCAGUCCAGAGCUCAUUGAACCCCAGUCUGACUCUCCCGGAGAAUCUAAGGGGGCCUCCUCUGAUGAGAUGGUCACUAGCAGUGACUCCGAGGUGGCCCACAGCAGCUGGACCCUCCUAGAGGCUGUGAACCAAGAUGAAGGUCAGCAGUCGCCUCCCAUACUGCAGGGCUUUGGCCAGCUCCAGAUGCAAUCCUGGGAAGAGAACAGCUCUGAGCAGGAAACAUCCACAGUCCAGGUGGAGUCCUCAUCAGUCAUCAUCCGUGAGACUGUGCAGGUGCACCUCAGCCAGCAGGGGGCAACCCUCUCUGACUCUGCCCCUGGACAGGUGUUUGCCCAGGACCUGGCAGAUGAGAUGCAGAACAGGUACAGUGAGCUCAUGGCUGAGCUCCAGAGAUUGAGAGAGGCUGCCUCAGAGUCACGGGAGAGAACCGAAGGCCUUGAGGAAGAGAUUCGGUCCCUGGCAGCUGCCAAGGAUGAGGCAGAGUCCCAGGCCCAGAGAUAUGAGGAAGAGCUCCAGUCAGCCAGGUCAGAGAUGGACACGGUGGCCCAGCACAGUGGCUCUGAGUUGGAGAGGCAGAGCAUGGAGAUGCAUCUCCUGGAGGAGCAGCUGGCCAGCCUGCAGACAGAAGGCCGCUCCAAGGAGCAGAAGAUCCAGGCCCUGCAGGCAGACCUGGACGAGGCUCAGCGCUCUCUCUCUGAGCAGGAGGGUCAGGCCAGGAUGCUGAGCGCCCAGCUGGAAGAAGGGGAGAUCACCUCCUCUGAGCUGGAGCAGAAGCUCCAAGACAUGGAGGCCAGCCUGCUGGAGUUCUCUCAGGCUAGGGACAUGGCCAAAGCUGUACUGUCUGAGAGGGACACUGAGAUUAAAGAGCUGCAACUGCGUAUCACCCAGAAAGAGCAGGAGAUGAUGGAGCUGAGCAAUGGCAUGUCUGCCAAACUGCUCCAGACCGGUGAGGAGAAGUUCCUGAUGAGCACUGAGAUCAAGAAACUGAAGAAGCAGAUAACUGAGCUUGAGAAAGCUGGAGAAAAGGAGAAAGCGGCAGGGGUGAGUCAUGUAGAGGAUGGUGAUGAGCUCACUAGUUUGCGAAAGGACAAAGAGGAUCUGACAACCCAAGUGGCCACCAUUAAAAAGAGGUUGCAGGCAGCCCUGGUGCAGCGCAAAGAGCUGAUGAAAAAAGUUGCAGAGUUUGAGAAAGAGGCAGAUCAAAGGAAAGGACAAGUAGGGAAAGCAACGGAGGAAGCCCCUGCAAGUGUACCAGCUUUAGAAAAAGACAGAAAACAAGAGGUUAUUGCAAUUGAGACUACUUUCGAAGAGUUCAGACAAGCCUUGAAGUCCAAAGAAGAGGCCAUGGAGGUUUUGGAACAGAAAAUCAGCCAGCAGGAUCAGGUUCUGGAAGAGACACUUGAAAUGAACAGAAGGCUGAGUGAGGGAGCUGAGCAGACUCCAGAGGCUGACACCUCAGCUGAAAUCCCUGGGUUGCAGUCCCAGGUGGCCUCACUGGAGUCAGAUUGCGAAACACUGCAAAAGAAACUCCAGGAGGCCCAGGACUCUCACAAAGACACCAUCCGCAAGGCCAAAGAAAAGGACAGGCACCACCGCGAACAGCUAAAACAGCAAAAGGAAGAGUACAACGGGCUGUUGGAGCGUUUGGAGGAGAAGGUUGGUGAACGAGAUGGGCUGUUGACUAGACUGAGCGAGCUCGAGGAACUGCAGGCACAGAAAGAGGUGAGCACAGAGAAGGAAGUACAUGCUGAGCUGGAGACCAACGUUGCAGUGGAGAAGAUUGAGAAGCCAGCUGCAGGAGAUUGGGUCCAGGAAGACUGGGUGGACUUUGCAGCUCCUGAGAAUGAAGCACAACAACAACAAGGUGAUGAACCCAUUCCCAGUGCCGAGGAACCCUCUCAGCUACUUUCAGCUGACAUUGAGGCCUCAUUACAAGCUCUGAAAGAAGGGGUCCGGGCUGAGAAGGCAUCUUGUACAGAGUUGGAGGGCCAACUGCAGGAGAGCCAGGCUAGCCUGUCAGUCAGGGAAAGUGAGCUUCUAGUGCUGGGCGAAGAGCUGCAGGCACUGAGAGAGAAGGAGAGCCAGAUUGAACAUGUCUAUGAGGAGUUGGAGGCUCUGAGGGAGAAGUGUCUCCAGGCUCAGACCUAUGCAGAAGCUGUGAAAGCAGAGUUGGAGGCUGCGGCCAAGGGCGCCGCCUCAGGCUCUGCUGAGUCCACCAUUGCUAUCCUGCAGACAGAGGUGGAGGAAUUCAAGCAGUUCCUGAGCAACAAGAACGAUGAGAUCAUGGAACUUAGCCAGCAGCUGGGUGAGCAAAGCUCCCUCCUCCAGUCCAUGCAAGAGACAGUGUAUGAGAAGGACCAGUCGAUCGCCUCCCUGCAGGAAGGCCUGAGAGCAGAGAAGGAAAAGAGCCAGAGACUGGAGGCCGAGGUCCCCCAGAGGCAGAAGGAAGAGAAGGGCAGCGAGGCCAAGAUCCUGCAGCUUCAGCAGAAGCUCAAAGCUGCCCUUAUCUCCCGCAAAGAGGCCCUCAAAGAGAACAAAAGCCAGAAAGAAGAGUUGGCCUCCACUGAGAAAGUCAUCACUGAACUGCAUCAGAAGAUGGAGGCUAGAGAAGUCGAGCUGGAGAAGCUGAGAGCAGAAAGAGAGAGGCUGAUAGUGGAGAAUCAGAGCCUUGGAGGGUCCUGCGAGAGCCUCAAGCUGGCCAUGGAGGGUAUGCUGACAGAGAAAGACUUCUGUAAAAGAGAGGCAGAGUCUGCCAAAGAGGAGGCUGCCCGGGCAUGCAGAGAAUGGGAGGAGAAGGUGCAUGGGAUGAAGGAUGAGUAUGAGACUCUGCUAAAGUCCUAUGAGAACGUGAGUGAUGAGGCAGAGCGUGUGAGACGUGUGCUGGAAGCUGCUAGGCAGGAGAGGAAGGAGCUUGUUGCUAGAGCCAGGACCCACGAGGCAGCCAGGCAGGAAGCUGAACGGCAGAAAGAAGAGGCCCAGAAAGAGGUGGACACUGUCAAAGACAAGAUGAGGAAGUUUGCCAAGACCAAGCAGCAGAAGAUAAUGGAUUUAGAGGAGGAGAAUGAGAGUCUCAGAGAGAUGGAUGAAAAGAAAGGAAUAAGAAGGGAGGACAAGGCACUCAAAGGAGAACUUGAAAGACUCAAAGAGGAGUUUGAGGCUCUGAAAGCUGAUUUGAAUGCCACUAAGGCACAGAGGGACUCCUUAGAACAGCAAGUUGUUGAGGUGAGGGAACAACUAGCCCAAGAGCUAGAGAAAGGGGACAGAUUAGCUCCAGAUAAAAAACCCAGCUCUGAUGAUGUAGUGGAGGAGACUAUUGUUGCCCAGCAGUCUAGUACAGUCAUGACUAAAACUACCCAAGAGCCAGUUAAGAGCCAGCCUCAGGACAUAGAGACACAUAGUCAGGACAUAGAGUCUGAGGUAGCUGCACCUGAAACGCCCUCUGUUGAGAAGAUGGUGAAGACCGAAAUAACUGACAAUACACAGGCCCUAAUUGAUGAGAAAUUGAGCAAAAUGGAGGCAGCCCUACAGUCAGAGAGGGAACUGAGGCAACAGCGUGAGGCUGAACUCACUGCUGAGCUGGCCUCUCUGGAGCAGCGCCUUCAGGAGAGUAAAGAGAAGGAACAGACCCAGAGGGAGGAGCAGGUGAAGACGAACGUGUCUGAAAGUGAACUGACCGUAAAUGAGGGAAAACGGAGGGAAAUGGAGGCAGCCCUACAUUCAGAGAGGGAACCGUGGCAAGAGAGUGAGACUGAACUCAAGGCUGGACUAGCCUCUCUAGAGCAGCUCCUUCAGGAGAGUAAAGAGAAGGAACAGAGCCUGAUGGAGGAGAGCUCUAAAAGGGAAGCCCAACUCCAGGAGCUCCACAGCAGCCUGGAGGUAGAGAAGGACGACCUAGAGGAGCGUCUGAUGAACCAGCUGGCCCAGCUGAAUGGCAGCAUCGCCGGCUACCAGCAGGACGCGGCAGACAGCCGGGAGCGCCUUGCGGAGCUGCAGCGGGAGGUGGAGAGACUGGAGAGGGAGCGGGCUGAACUGGAAGUCCUGGCCGAGAGCGAGAGGGACCGGGCAGCCAGGCUGGAGGAGGACAAGAGGCAGGCCCAGAGAGAGAGGGCCGAGGCAGAGGCAGAGUCAGGGAAGCAGAGGGAGCUGGAGCAGCAGCUGAAGUCCGCCCAUAGGGUGAAAGAGGGCAGCCAGAGCCGGGCAAAGCAGCUGGAGGAGCUGCUGAGAGAGAAGCAGCUGGAGGUACGCCAGAUGCAGAAGGACUGCAUCCAGUACCAGGAAAGGAUCAGCGAGAUGGCCAGGGAGGGCAAGGCUUUGCAACUGGGCAGCAACGAGGUCCACAAAGAGCUUGGGCAAGUCUAUCUGGAGAGGACCAAAGUCACAGAUGCUUUGAGGAAGACUGAGGCUGAGCUAUCUAGCUGUAAAGCCCAGCUGGUUGAGGCCCAGACAGAGGCCAGCCAGGCCCAAGCUGAGAGGAGAGCCUGUGAGCAGACCGCUCUACAGAGAGAGGCUGAGUUGAAAGCAGAGGCAGAGCAGAGCCUGGACUCUGUGAGGUUCAGGCUGGGAGCCGAGCUGAAACAGAUUGAGCUGAGGUUGGAGGAGUCUUACCGGGAGAGGGAGAGAGAGGAGAAUGCCACCCGGGAGGCAAAAGAGCUGGCUGACACCGCUGAGAGACAGGCCCAGCAGAUGCAGGCCCGCCUGGAUGAGUCUCUGGCCCGACUGGCUGCCUUCUCGCGCUGUAUGUCCUCCCUGCAGGAUGACAGAGACCGCGUGCUGGAUGAGACCCGGCAGUGGGAGAGUCGCUUCAACAGCACCCUCCAGGGGAAGGAGGCCGAGGUGCGGGAGGGAGAGACCCGGUCCAGAGAUCUGGCUGAACAGCUGCAGAAAGAGACCGCACGGAGAGAAGAGCUACAGCUUACAGUGGACAGACUGCAGAAAGCAGACGAGCAGUGGCAGCUGAAAUGGGAGCAGGAAGAGAAGAGGCUCCGUGAGAACCAGGCUGCCCUGGAGCAGGAGAGGGGGGAGCUUCAGAAGUCCCUAGCCCAGACCGAGACCUCCCUGGCUGACGCUCGCGCCCAGCUGGCCUCCCUGGAGAGCGAGGCGGAGGGGCUCCGCCACAGAGCCCAGGCCCUGGAAGAGGUAGUUGGGAAGCUGCAGGGAGAGACCAACGAGUUCAGGUCUCAGCUGAAGGAGAGGGAAGCAGAGGGGAGGAGGCUGGGCCUGAGCGUGGAACAACUGGAGACAGACCUGCGCUCCUCCAAGACCCUGACAGAGAACCUGCAGACAGAGCUGAGUGAGAAAGAGAGGAGAGAGGUAGAGCUGCUGGGGGAGAAGGAGCAAGCCGUGACACAGGCUGCAGAGGAGGCCAGGAGGGAGGCUGACGCCAGGGCCCAGGAGGCUGAGAAGGAGCUGGAGGAGAGGAGAGAGGAGGUGCGGGGUCUGGAGGACCGGCUGCAGAAGGCAGAGGAGGAGAGCAGCCACAGCAAAGCCAGGCUGGACGCCUUCACCAAGGCCAUGGGCUCUUUACAGGACGACAGAGACAGAGUACUUGGCAUGUACAAACAGCUGGAGGAGAAACAUCUGCAGGUGAUGAUGGAAAAGGACGCUCUGAUCCAGGAGGCUGCUGCGGAGAAUAACAGUCUGAAGGAGGAUCUGCGCUCACUAUUGGUCCAGAGGGACGACCUCCACGCAGAGAAGGCCAAGCUAUCUGCCCAGCUCCACAGCUACAGGGACGACCUUACCCAGGUCCUCACCAUGAAGGAGUCCCAGCACAAGCAGCUCUUGUCCGGCCAGCUGGAGCGCAUCGCUACCCUGGAGAAGGAGAGAGAAGAGCUAGGGACUAAGAUCAAGAGCCUGGAGGGAGGGGAGGCUUUCGUUCAGGCGGUGGAGAGGGAGGCCCUCAGCCAGGCUGGUGAUAGUAGAAACAGGCAGGUGAGAGACGCUCCCGGGGCGGAGGUAGAGAAGCUGAGGGAGCAGCUGCAGGCUGCCAGGGCCCAGGUGGAGAGCCUGGAGGAGAGCCUUGCCAAGGAAAGAGAGGUGCAGGAGGCUCGGCAGAAGGAGCUGAAAGAACUGCGUUGGGAGGGAGGGGUGACGCGGACGGAGUCGGAGACAGCGGCCGAGAGGGUGGCCGAGCUGGCCCGAGACCUGCUGACCACGGAGCAGAGGCUGCUGGAGGAGAGGGAGGUGGCCGGCCAGCUCCGGGCCCAGAACCAGGCGUUCGGCCAGGCCAUGGCAUCACUGCAGGGCAGCAGGGACCAGGCACUCAGCCAGGCCCAGGAGCUCAGCCUCAGACUGGAGGAGAUGAGCAGGGCAGGGGGCCAGCAGACACCCACCACGGGCCAUGGAGGAUCCACUGCGGAGGUGUGGGGACUGAAGAACGCCCUGUCAGCCCUGCAGAACGACAGGGAGAGACUGUUGGAACAGCUGCAGCAGCAGCACUCAGAGCUCACUCGACUGGGAGGAGGAGAGCUGUCUAGACUCAGCCAGGAGCUAGAGGAGGAGAGGAGGAGGGCUGAGGAGAUGGUGGACAGGAUGAAGGAGCUGGACAACCUGAGGCAGAGGGAGAACCAGGAACUAGACAUUCUCAGGCUGGAGCAGGUUGACUGGCAGGCCCAGGCAGAGCUUCUGAAGCACCACAAAGCCCAAACCACCGGAGGAGGAACACCACCAGAGGAACACCACCAGAGACAGGCACCUGUUGAGGCAGACCUGUCAUCUAAAGUAGGGGUCCUUCAAUCAGAGAGUGGCCCGCUGAAUGAUCUUCAGCUCUCGCAGGUGUUUGAGGAGAACCGCCAUCUCUCCUCCCAGUUCCAAGGCAGUUCCCAGAGGCUGGAGGAGGCUGAGAGCCGCUGCACUGCCCUCCAGAGGCAGCUCCAGGAACUGCACGAAGACAAGCGCAAGAGGACAGGGGAAGUGGACAGUGCCCCCGGAGCUCCUCAGCAGUACAGUGGCCCUUCAGAGAGCGAGAGCCUCAGGGUGGAUUUUAAAGAGCUCCAGCGCAGACUGGAUGAAGAGCAGCAGUAUCGGGUGGUUGUGGAGGAGCAGCUAAUGGCCGCCCAGGACCGCCUCAAACUGAUCAACCAGGGUGAAUGGCAGUCGGCCCACGAAGGGCAGUUCUCUGUUUCUGAGGCAGCUGUCCUCAUUGAGCCACCAGGAGGCUCUGUCACCCGAAUUCGGCGCAGCAGUGGGCCAGGCCUGAUGAGAAUACUGCGCGUGGCCUUCUGCUCUCGCCAGCGCACACCCCUGCUGGUGUCCCUCUACCUGCUCACCGUGCACGUGCUGCUACUGCUCUGCCUGGGGGGUUACGUUUAGGACCCCCUCCACCCCUUAGAGAGUGAGAGAGGAGAGAGAUGGAGAGAUAACGGACAUGUGACACAGAACUACCCACCCCCUCUCCAAGACAGAUAUCAUACUACUGUUACAUUCAAUAGUGUAGAAUCGGAGAAGACUCGUUACACACACACACACACACACACACCAUGCACUUUUGAUACAACAACAAAAAUAACAGAAGUGUGUCUUAGCCUGUUAACCAAAGUGAAUAGUUUUUUUAUGUACUGGGUGUUAAAAACACCCUCUGCCAUCAUUGAUUUGAUUCAAUAUUUAACAUGUUACCGUUAGCGUACAUGAUCAGUCAAAUGUUAUUGUAGAGGAAAUGAGAAGCAGUAUUGCACUACCUCAGAACUGUUGUUUAUUAGACUUCUAUAAAGGGACGUGGAUAUUAUGCAUCUUUAAAUGUACCUGGGGGAACUAACAUGAAAUGACACUGUACAGUAGAUUUACACGGUGUUUCGUUUUUCAGCCAGUUUUAUAUUAGUGGUGUUUUAGGUGCCUUUAAAUGAGGAGAAUAAAGGGUCACUUCAUGUUUGGAUGGAGGGAGGGUUAGGAUUUGUGGAUCUGUUCAGAUCUCUCUCUCCUAUGUUCUCACGUACAAUGGACACCAACUGAAACGUGUACAACCUGCUAUGACUACAUUCCCACAACCAUCUAUUUAUUUUCUUUUUCUUCCUUAUUUUUCCUCUCAUUUUCUCUUUAAUUAAAGAGAGAGCACUGUCAAUGGCAUAUUUGACUCCUGUAGUAUUUGUAUGUCGUAUGUCCAGUAUGUAUGUACUGGAUGUAUGUAUUGAAUGUGGGUUAUCCAAUCAAUUCCCCAAUUUCUGCCAUUGUUGCAUGGAUAACGGUUUUAUUCUAUAGAUUUUAUGGCAGAUUCAUUUGCCAUUCUGGUGUACUGUUGUCCAUUCCAGAUGAAAUCGUGUAGGUAUUUUUUCUGUGACACUACAGAUAAUGUCCAUCCAAUCUAUGAUUCCUAUAAUUUAGCAUUAUUUAUUGCUUACGCAUUCAAACCGCAUAAUCUACUACAAUGUAUGGUGAACACAAUACUGCUGGGAAAAAUGACUAGUCAAAAACGUAUUCUUGUUGUCUGUUGUUCCACUACACAUCUUGUAACUCAUUUUUCCUCUGUUACCUUCUAUUGUAAAUGACCUUGUACUGUGCUGUAUAGAUUGAAUUGUGAUGAUGAUGAUGAUACGUGUUUUUCAGAACAGCCCACUGAGAAAUAUAGGGCUAGAUGUGUACCAGUUAUUCUCAAAGGGACCAGUUGGAACAUAACGGGUGAAAAGACGAGACGAAAAAUGGGAAUUACACAUGAUUCAUGACCUUAUGAAAAUAACUGCUGCAAAGUAAAUCUGAUGUCAUAUCUCUGUA